UUAAAUGAAAUGAAUUCAAAAGCAACGACUAUUAUUUAUGAGGAUCAAUCAACUCAAUCAUGGUUACCUGAUGUGAUCACAAUGGCAUGGUCAUAUUUUAAAUCAACCAUUCAACAUGAACAACAAUCAAUAAUUUUAAGUCAAUGGAUUUAUUGUCAAUCACCAAUUAUUCCAUUAAUUGUAAAUAAACCAUCAUGGUGGUUUUUUACAUUUGAUAAUUGUAAUGAAUUGAAAAUAAAUAAUCUAAUUGAAACAUCCAUCAAAUCACAACAUUCCUAUGCAAGGAAUAAAAUUGCUUAUCGUAUGACAUUACGUAAUGGUGAAAGUGGUGAUUUGUUUCAUGAACACUUUUCUUCACAAGAAUUCGGCAAACUGGAAAUUGAUCUAAUAUUUUUUAUACUACUAGGAUUAUUGUUUUCAGUAGCAAAUUUAUUACUAUUUCAACUUUAUCGUUCAAAUCUAUUACAUCAUACAUUUAUUUUAUGGUAUACUUCAAUUGGUUUACGUUUUCUAGCACAAUUAAUUCAACUGAUUGUAGAUAUAAAUUUUGCUAAAACUGGUUAUUUCAAUGCAUUCAACACAUCGUUAGGUUAG